ACAUGUCUUUGGUUUAUUCAUGAUUUCCAAUAUUCACUCUCUCACCCAUAAUCUUUGGAUGUAAAUCUUCAUUGAACAAUGUUUCAUUUUCUUAUUUCCUGGGUGAGAUGAGUUGAUGAAAUUGUUGCGUAGGAAUGAAGCUGUUCCUUUUGCUUUUUUGGUAUAAACAAAAGUGACCCUUCAAGUGGCACUUGUGAAUUCUGAUCCAAGGUUGCAUCAAUUCAGCAUAUUGUUGCUUCAUUUGGUAGCUACUAUUAUGCCAUUUGUUCAGAAAUUGUACGACACUUGCAAGGCUUCCUUUUCUGCUGAUGGACCCAUAUCACAGGAAGCUCUUGAAAAAGUUCGAGCCCUUUUAGAUGAGUUGAAGCCUUCAAAUGUGGGUUUGGAUCAGGAGGCACAGUUGGCGCGUGGAUGGACAAGUUCUUUGAAUGGUAAAAGGGGGCGCAAUGGAAGCCAUAAUUAUCCACCCCCUAUCAAGUACAUCCACUUGCAUGAAUGUGACAAAUUCUCUAUGGGAAUCUUUUGUAUGGCUCCUGGUUCCAUCAUUCCACUGCAUAAUCAUCCUGGGAUGACUGUUUUAAGUAAGCUUCUUUAUGGCUCUUUACAUGCUAGAUCAUAUGAUUGGCUUGAGUUACAGGGCUCUUAUGAUCAUCCUUCUCAAGCAAGACCAGCAACACUAGCAAGAGAUUGUCAAAUGAAAGCACCAUGUGGCACAACAAUACUAUAUCCCAAAAGUGGUGGCAACAUUCAUUGCUUCAAAGCCAUAACCCCUUGUGCUCUCUUUGACAUUCUUUCCCCACCAUACUCAACAGAAAAUGGAAGACACUGCUCCUAUUUCCGAAGGUCUCCUCCUAUCAAAGAUCUUCCAAGUGUUGAGUUAGAUAAAGCAUCUGAAGUGACAUGGUUAGAGGAGACUCAACCGCCGGAGAACUUGGUGGUUAAGAGAGGGCAGUACAUAGGCCCUACUAUAAGAAGACAUUGACGGCCGAGAUAACUAUAACUAGUUUGUAUUUUGGUGGAAUCUCAGGUGCAGUCGACUUUACGUGAAGUUGAUAACUGAGAGUCGAUAGAUGAUUUGACUGAUUUGACUAAAUUUUCAUGUAACAGCUCUCAACUAUCAACUUCACGUGAAGUCGACUACAACUGAGUUUUCACCUUAUAUUUUAUAUAACACAAGUCACUCGUGUUUCAAAGUCAAUAAUAAUGUGACAUCUGCUUUCUAUUACUGCUAAUUGUACAUACUAUGACAUAUAUGAUGCCACUGAUCGUGAAUCUUAAUUAUGCUAAUCAAUCUUUCUCUA